AUGAGCAGCCACGUCGUGGUCCUCGAUGCGACAGCUCGAAGAGCAACAAUCAAGACCACGCCUGGGAAAUACUUGACAGAUAUCUUGCAAGAAGCGUGCAAGAAGCUCGGCCUAGAUGCCAACCAAUAUGGACUAAAGCACAAGAGCCGCCAGCUUGACCUAUCCCUUGCCUUCCGUCUUACUGGCCUUUCACCUGGCGCAAAGCUAGAGCUUGUUCAGCUCUCUCGGUCUCCGUCCGUCGUCACAGUAGCUCUCCAGCUUCCUCCGUCGGAAGCCCGAGAAGCACCGAAUGGACGGCUUACGGACAAAUUCCCCAGUACAACGAGUAUAUGGAUGGUCCUACGCAAGUUCGAAGCGGGAGUGGCUGGAAGUACGGCUAUCCGAAAUCUCACUGGCCGUGGAGUUCCGGUCGCCGAGGGCCAAGGGUCCGGACGGCUGUUCUACGAAAUGCCUGUUUUACAGAUUAUGGACCGGGAGGUCUCUACUUUGGCAGACUUUCAGAAAUCGCUGGCACAGCUGGGUUUCAACAGCGGGAAUGUAUUACUACGGCUGAGCUUCCGCCGGACGGACCAACCGCUGGAAGAGGCUAUGACGAAGAUUCACGAAUUCUUCCAAUCGUCAGAGGAUGCUGUCGCAUCAACAGAGGCGCAAGCCUCGAACCAAAAAGCAGAGACAACAAAGACUGAUACGAGCGAGCAAACUGGGCAGCCGACGCCUGAUGCCACUCUAGAAGACACAAACACUACAGGUCAACAACCAAUAAUCCCUCCAUCGAAUUCCGUCUCCGAUCCCCCCCCUGAAGCGUUGGAAUCAUCAGCAGAUACAUCUCGACCUGUGACCGUUUACGCCCCUCCCUCCAACAAUACCCCCCAAUCCGCACAAGCGGCGUUUAAUGACACUGAUUACGUACCCUCGGUCGAGCACGCCCAAAUCCACCAGCGAAGGCUCCAAGCAGCCGGCAAGAACACACGCCUCCGAUCCGAUGCCGAAAUCGCUGCUGCGGCCACAGCAGAAGAGGAACGCCGCGCCUCGAUCAAAGAGAUCGAAGUAAAAAUCCGCCUCCCAGACCAGAGCCAGCUCGUCUCCAAAUUCGGCCAAACAGACACCAGCAAGAACCUUUACGAUUUUGUCCGCAGCUGUCUUGCACCAACAUAUGCAAAGGAGAAUUUCGUCCUAACAAACUUCUCCGGACCGGCCGUUUCAAAGGGUCACAAAUCAAGCGUCCCCUUCCAGUCAGUACUCCCAGAGUCGGACCAAUCUCUGCUCAUCAAAAACCACGGUAUGACUGGCCGCGUCCUUGUCAAUUUCUCCUGGGACGUAACUGCAUCAUCUGCCGCGCAGAAAAGCCGCUCUGGCAUACUUCGACCGGAACUUCAGACCAGGGCUCAAGAACUCAAGGUCCAACAACCGGCAGAUGUUAUGGAUACCUCAGGAGAUGUAGUAGUGCCAACAAAAGCAGAUGAUUCAAGUAAGGACGGGAAGAAACCUGGGGAUCGGAAGAUACCAAAGUGGUUGAAAUUGCCGGGGAAGAAAUAG